AUGAGCCAACUCAAUGGAUCUGCACGUCGGGAAGGAAGCCCCAUCACAGCACGCAGAAGACUUGUGGUGGACGAUGAGAUCAUCCAGAUCCCGGAUUGUGACCUCACCGCAGUCACAGAACAGUUCAAACAAACCCUAAUAGGGCGAACUUUCAAUCGUGAAGGCAGAAGUAUUGAUGCUUUAAUCAGCAUGCUCCCGAAACCCAAGAUCUGGGACGUGGAGGGAAGAGCUCACGGAAUAAACCUUGGCAAUGGUCGAUUCCAGUUUGAUUUCAAUCAUGUGGACGACAUGAACAAGGUUUUAGCUAAACGACCAUGGCACUUUAACCAGUGGAGCUUUGCGUUGGAACAAUGGGAGCCUUUCACUCGUGAAGAUUUCCCCAACACGAUGCUCUUCUGGAUCUCAAUGACCGGUGUACCGGUUCACUUCUGGAACAAUCCCACUUUCAACGAGAUCGGCAAAGUCCUAGGAACGGUCACCAAUAUUGAUGCCAAAAGAGUCAAAUUCCAAGUCUCCCUUAAUGCAGACAAACCAUUGCAAUUUGAGAGAAAAGUUGGCUUCCCCAAUGGAGACAUUGCUACCAUAACCCUAACCUAUGAGGGUUUGCAACGAUACUGUUUCACAUGUAAACUCCUUUCUCAUGAAGAAGCGACAUGUCCGGAACUCACAUAA